AUGGAUCAACCUGUCGGAGACGGCGCAGAUGGCAGUCUCGGAAGUGUCGGGCGGUUCCACUCCACUUAUGGAAAGAAAGAAUCCGCUGACGGACCGCGUCAACAUGGAGCUGACGAUGUUGAAGAAUCUGACGACGUUGAAGGAUCUUCGGAAGGCGAAGAGGCCUCAAGAAACCUCCCGCUCUUGAUGCAAGCAGUGACUGUCGCUUUUCGAAGUGUCAGUCACUAGGAUCUGAUAGAGUAGGAGGGAGGCGCAUUCCGCCGAGCACUUUGUGAGUUUACGCUUUUUUUAAUGUAAUUGCCCUUUUGGACAAGAAAAAAUUUUUUUCAAGUGAUUUUUGUGUAAAAUGAAUGAUUUUUAGGUGACCCGCCUGUCAACCCUCCUCCAAACAGCCGCCCUGGAACUCUCACGCUGGAGAGCCGGCGAAUCAUUGUCCGAAUUGGAAUGGAUCAACCUGUCGGAGACGGCGCAGAUGGCAGUCUCGGAAGUGUCGGGCGGUUCCACUCCACUUAUGGAAAGAAAGAAUCCGCUGACGGACCGCGUCAACAUGGAGCUGACGAUGUUGAAUAAUCUGACGACGUUGAAGGAUCUUCGGAAGGCGAAGAGGCCUCAAGAAACCUCCCGCUCUUGA